CCGUCAAACAGCUCUCUAUCCCCACUCAUCAACAUCUUUUUGUUUUUCCAACUCCUAGAACCACAUCUACACUAAUCAACAUGCCUCGUCAACGCCGUGGUGCCGCUCCUACCCCUGCGCGCAGCGCUCCCACCAGGCCUACCGCCGCUCCUGCCAGACCCGCCGCUGCUCCCUCGGCCCAGCAGUCCCAGCCUCACUCGACUGCUGCUCACCCGCAGUCGACUCCCCAGCAGGCCUAUCCUCACCCUCCUCCCCAGGCUGCUCCUGUCCAGCAGAGCGCCGGGCCUGGUCUGUUCGGCCAGAUGGCCUCUACCGCUGCUGGUGUCGCAGUCGGCUCCUCCAUCGGCCACGCCAUCGGUGGUUUCUUCAGCGGCGGUUCCAGCGCCCCCGCCGAGGCCCAACAGGCCGCUCCUGCCCAGGCCCAGCCCAUGGACACUGGCCUGUGGCAGAGCAACACCGCCAACAGCUCCUAUGGCAACCCUGCCUGCGAGACGGACGUUCGCAACUUCCGCCAGUGCAUGGACGAGAACCAGGGCAACAUCAGCAUUUGCGGAUGGUACCUGGACCAGCUUAAAGCUUGCCAGGCCGCUGCUAAGCCCUACUAAAGUUAAUGUAUUAUGUUUCGCGCUGGGGAAUAUAUUAAGGACGGGAAUUCUGGAUUUGAACCGGUUCAGUUUGCGGACUUGAUCGGAAC